AUGAAAGCAUCUAUCCUAUGCUGUGUAUUGUUUCUUAUUGCUUCAUUUCUGGUAGAAUCAGGAGCUGCUGAGGGAGAGAAGGAUGGUGUUUAUAUUGUUUACAUGGGAGCUGCGACAGCAGAUGGUUCUUUAAAGAAUGAGCAUGCCCAGCUUCUGAGCUCUGUCUUAAAACGGAGAAAGAAUGCUUUAGUGCACAGCUAUGAGCAUGGAAUUUCAGGGUUUGCAGCUCGUUUAUCAGCAGCAGAGGCACAAUCAAUUGCUAAAAACCCCGGAGUAGUAUCAGUAUUUCCUGAUUCUGUCUACCAACUACACACAACUCGUUCGUGGGAUUUCCUGAAAUAUGGAACCGAUGUAAAGAUUGACUUAAGCCCCAAUUCUGACACCAACUCAUCUUCUCGAGGACAAGAUGUGAUCAUUGGAAUCCUAGAUACAGGUAUUUGGCCCGAGUCUGAGAGUUUUAGCGACAAGGGCAUGGGUCCAAUACCAUCACGCUGGAAAGGUACCUGUGUCGAUGCUCCAGAUUUCAACUCAUCCAAUUGUAAUAGAAAAAUAAUCGGAGCAAGAUCUUACAAUGGCCCCGACGAUGACGAUGAUGGACUAGUUAAUACACCAAGAGAUAUGAAUGGGCAUGGCACUCAUGUAGCUUCAACUGCAGCUGGAAUUAUGGUCCCUGGUGCAUCUUACAAUGGAUUGGCUUCCGGGACUGCGAAAGGUGGAUCCCCCGGGUCAAGGAUCGCAGUGUACAGAAUAUGUACAUAUAAUGGAUGUGAGGGGUCCAGUAUAUUAGCUGCAUUCAGUGAUGCCAUUAAAGAUGGCGUUGAUAUACUGUCAUUAUCACUAGGUUACCCGGCAUCACACAUCUUCGAUUUGAAGGAAGAUCCAAUAGCCAUUGGAGCCUUUCAUGCUGUUGAGAAUGGGAUCACCGUGGUCUGCUCCGCAGGGAAUGAUGGGCCAUCCGAAAAAACUGUUUCGAAUGCUGCACCAUGGAUUUUGACAGUUGCUGCUACAACCAUUGACCGGAAAUUCAUGUCAAAUGUUGUGUUUGAUGGAAACAAGGUGAUCAAGGGUGAAGCCAUAAAUUUUGCCAGUAUUGGAAAAUCUCCAGUACAUCCGUUGAUACAUGCAAAGUCAGCUAAGAAGGCUGGUGGAUCCGAAAGUAAUGCUAGAAACUGUGACCUGGAUUCUCUGGAUGGGAAAAAGAUCAAAGGAAAAAUCGUCAUCUGCGAAAAUGAUGGCGAAAAUGGAAACUCAUUUCUUAAGAUGUACGAGGUGAAGAAUUCUGGAGGAAUUGGUGUUGUUCUGGUUGAUGACAAGACAAGGGGAGAUGCAUCUGAUUACGAGGAAUUUCCGAUGACUGUGAUCAGUUCAAAGGAUGCCGCCGGGAUCCUUUCCUACCUAAACUCAACCAAAAAUCCAGUUGCAACGAUCCUACCCACCGCAGUAGUGUCACAAUAUAAGCCGGCACCUGCUAUCGCAUACUUCUCAUCCAGAGGGCCUUCCUCCAUCUCAAGGAAUAUCCUCAAGGCAAAGCCUGUUCCUCCUAGAUACAUAUUAUUUGAUUGGAUUCAUGAGGAUGUGUGA